UGGCCAUUCCCCUCAGCUUUUCCCUCCCAUCCUCAUUUUCUCUUUGUACCAUGGUUGGGGAUCAUUGUAACCUCUCUGGAGACAGACCCGUACUCUCCCAGAAUCCCAAAACUGGAUUAAGCUGCAAAAUGGUUCUACAGGCGGUGGGUAAAGUGCUAAGGAGGAAAGAGCAAACAGGAGUGGGAAAUUCUGCUGUACCAAUAUAUACAGUGUAUACCAGAUGUACUCUGUUCCCCUUUCUUCCCAGGAAAUCCAAGGGAAAACCAAAUGGUAAAAAGCCAGUACCAGAAGAGAAGAAACUCUACCUAGAGCCAGAAUACACAAAGUUGAGAAUUACUGACUUUGAAUUCAAGGAGCUAGUGAUGUUACCGCGAGAAAUAGACCUCAAUGAAUGGCUAGCCAGCAAUACAACGACCUUCUUCCACCAUAUCAAUUUACAGUAUAGUACAAUCUCAGAAUUUUGCACAGGAGAGUCGUGUCAGACCAUGGCCGUGUGCAAUACACAGUACUACUGGUAUGAUGAGCGGGGAAAGAAGAUAAAGUGCACAGCCCCUCAGUACGUUGAUUUUGUCAUGAGUUCGGUGCAGAAGCUAGUGACAGACGAGGAUGUCUUUCCUACAAAAUAUGGCAAAGAAUUCCCCAACUCCUUUGAGUCCUUAGUGAAGAAGAUUUGCAAAUAUCUGUUUCAUGUGCUGGCCCACAUCUACUCCUCCCACUUUAAGGAGACUUUGGCACUGGAGCUGCAUGGACACUUAAAUACACUCUACACACACUUCAUCCUAUUCAUCAGGGAGUUCAACCUGGUGGACCCUAAAGAAACCACCAUCAUGGAUGACCUCACGGAGAUCCUCUGCAGCAGCAGCGGCAGUGGGAGCAGUAGUAAUGGGAGUGGCAACAGCAGCGCAGGAGCACAGAACCACGUGAAGGAGAGAUGAGCCUUCCUAUGGAGCAAAACUAACAUUAACAUAAAAACAAUAUUAUAUAUUCUAUAUAUGUGUGUGUAUGUAUAUGUGCAUAUAUAUAUAUACAGACAUACACAGCGAUGAAAGUUUAAGCAAUUAUGCUGCCACCACAGGACGUGUAGUCAUAUGGACUGUACGGAGCUUUUGUUAAUGCACCAUCUGGUGAGAAGUUGCACCAAUCUUCUUUUAUUGUUUUCCUCAUGUUCCUUCUUUCUUUUUCCCCUGUCAGAUGGCUGACGGAUGCUGUUUUUAGAGAAGAACCAUGUUUUUGAGUUGGGCUGCUGUUUUUCUUUUUUUGGUCUGUUUCUUCAGUCUUGAGUGCAAGCCCUUCUGUCUUUCUAGGAUGGUGGUACUGCCAUUUUAAAAAUAUAUAUUAUGUUAUAAGAAGUGACUUUUACUUUGAAGUGGCUUAAAUGCAGAUUUUGUUUUGGGGUUUGGUUUUUACAUAGACUCCCCCUCCCAAUUUUGCAUAGAGUCCUCAGUCAAUUGCAUCUUGCCCUUUGCUGGCUUAUAAUGGGAAGAAGAGAUGCCUGGCUUGACUGCAGUAGCAGUAGGUGCUCGCUACAAAUCUGAUGGGUGUGAUUCUUCAUCUGGCUAUGAAGCUGCAAGAGGAUCCACAAGCCUUUCUGCUUGUUGCUCCAACAAAAUACAUCUACUUGUUUCUCUGCCCCUCCCGUCUCAGGCACACAUCCAGGAAUAGUAGUAGUGAGAUCGUCGGGGUCUGUAAGAGCCACCACCAUUUACUUCCCAUAGAAAAGGGGGCCAGAGGGAGAAGGGUGCACUGAGUCAGUCACCGGCUGUGAUAGAGAGAUGGCUGUUGGCAUAAAAUUAUAUUGUUGGCUUAUUUUUAGUUCAUCUGUUCAAUAAUAAUAAAAAAAAUUUCUAUCAGG